GUUAUGAAAAAAAUAGAUGGGAAUGGAGAAAGAAAGUUAAAGAAUGUUGAAGGGAAUUCAACAUCAGUGAGUAAUUAUUCUUUUAAUUGUAUUAGAUUAUCCAAUACCACUCGAAUUUGAUAGCAAAAAAUAGCAUCCAAAUUAUCUAAAAGGUAAAAGUAAAGAAAAUCAAAUUUCAUCAAGUAGUAAUAUUUUUUCACUUGUAGUUGAAUAACUUAAUAAGACUGGCAAACCAGUAUAAAUUAGUAUUGAUCGUUCGUUAGAAGGCAAAAGAUUUUUGAAUAAGUAGAAGAAUUCUUAAAAAAUAUUUUUUUAAGUAAGAAAUGAUAGUGUAAGUGAAAACAGUUGUUGUGAAUUAGGAAAUUCAGAUUCAGAUUGUAACUGCGCAAAAAAUUUGGUUCCUAAAAAAAAUUUAGAAAUAAAAAUGUAUUUAGUUUUCAUUUUAAAAAGAAAUCGAAAAAGAAAAAAGAAGUCUGAUACUACUCCAUUUUAUGAUUAGAUUAUAUACCACGAUCCAAGAAUGAGGAGAAUAAACUUUGUAUACAGUUCAUCCGGAUCAUCAGAGUCAGAAUACGAAAGAAUUUUAAUAAAGAAAGAAGAAAUUUCUGAAAAAAAAUAUAAAGAAAAGCCUUAAAAAAAAGAUCCAUCUGAAUAAGAAAUCCCAUUGCCAGAACAUCUCCUUGAAUGUCCAAUUCAACCUCUUCCAGUUGUAAAAGUAGAAAAAUUGCCAGAAGUAAAAAAAACAAAAGAUGAAAAACCAUUUAAAUAACCAAAAAUAUAGAAAUACCGUCCUAAACCUCCUGAAGAAGAAUGGGCAAAAUACGAAACACCUAAUGUUGUACAUCCAUAUUAAUUAAAACUACCUUAAAAGCCAUUGGAAAAAAAAGAAGACUCUAAACCAAUUUAUGGGAAACAAAGAGAAAGGGUUGAAUUUAAAGUUCCAAAAGUUACAUUAUAUUUUAUUUUAUUAGGCUUAAGAACAAGUUAAUGAUUUUAUUCCAAAAGCUCUUCCAACUUAAGCUGUAGCACCAUUAAAGGAAAAAAAAAAGAAAAAAAAAGAUAAAUAGAAUUAAUCAUCAUCUGGCUCAAGUUAUUGUUAUGAGUGCGAGUGCUUAAGUGAUGCAUGUGAUUGCUGA